AUGGCUCCAUCAUCGCCGAAUCGUGCUAAUUCUAAUGAUCCAUCUACAGAUCUAUACAACAAUCCUUAUUUCUUGCAUAGCUCCGAUCAUGCGGGUAUGGCUUUAGCUUCCAAUCGCUUAACCACCGGAGCCGACUUCCACUCAUGGCGUCGUUCUGUGCACAUGGGACUCAAUGUCCGUAAUAAACUUGGCUUCAUUGAUGGUACGGUUCCUAAACCUCCUGAGAAUCAUCGCGAUUAUGGAUCUUGGAGUCGUUGCAAUAAUAUGGUUACGACUUGGCUUAUUAAUUCUGUUAGCAAGAAGAUAGGUGCUAGUUUGUUGUAUAUUCCUACUGCUGAAGGAAUUUGGAAAAGUAUCAUAACAAGAUUUAAACAAGAUAAUGCUCCUCGUGUAUAUGAGAUUGAGCAACAGUUGAGUCUGCUUCAGCAAGGUUCCAUGGAUGUCACUUCUUAUUACACUGCCUUGGUUACUCUUUGGGAAGAGUACAAGAAUUAUGUGGAAUUGCCUUUGUGCACUUGUGGGAGGUGUGAGUGUAAUGCAGCUGGUAUAUGGGAAACGAUGCAGCAGCGGAGUCAGGUCACUAAGUUUCUUAUGGGGCUUAACGCUUCAUAUGAAUCAACCAGGCGCCACAUCUUGCUGCUUAAACCGACUCCCUCUAUUGAUGAAGUUUAUAAUAUGGUCACACAGGAUGAGCGACAGAAGAAUGUCACACCGAAAGCUGAUAAUGCUAUCUUCCAUACUUCGGACUCCAAGGCUGAUUCAUCAGUUGUCUAUCCUCUUCCGAAUCAGUCUUACUCGUUUGAUGGUUCUUAUGAUAAUGCAGCUUUUGCUGCGAUGCAGAAUCACUUUCGACCUCGUCCUUCCAAUCGUCCAUUGUGUACUCAUUGUGGUCAGCUUGGCCAUGUUGUUCAAAAAUGUUUCAAGCUUCACGGCUAUCCUCCAGGUUAUAUCCCAGGAUAUAAGAGUCUCUCAUCUGGUUCUCAACCUCCGAGACCAUUUCAAUUGUUCUCUCAGCCUAGAGGAUCUGCUGGUUCUUAUUCUCAACCAGUACAGCCGUUUCCUUCAUCACAGUCUGUUCAGACAAAAUCUCAAGCUCAACCGAUGGCUAAUGCUGUUACAACUUAUCAAGGAGCUUCUCGUGCAGCUAAUGCUGUCAACCUGGACUUCACUAAGCUCAACAAUGAUCAAAUCCAGUCUUUGAUUCAACAAUAUCAGGCUCAUGUCACGUCUUCAGAACAACCUGCUCCUUCCCCAAAGCUUUGUUGCAUUACAGACCAUGGUGUAAUGGAUCCUCAAUCAUCUUCUGGUAUGACUAAAUAUCCAACUAUUUUUCCUUCUACAUCUCUUCGUUAUGAGAAUCAUCAGCUUACUUUCCAACAUCAAUGUCUCUCUUCUCUUUCUUCAAAUUUACCUCUUGGUAGCUGGAUAAUUGAUACAGGAGCUACAAGCCAUGUCUGUUCUGAUCUGACACUUUUUAAUGAGACUACAUCAGUCUCUGGAGUUACCGUAAUGUUGCCUAAUGAUGCUAGAGUGGAUAUCACCCAUUGUGGCACUGUGCACUUAUCAUCAUCUUUAACAUUGCAUGAAGUUCUUCAUGUUCCAUCUUUCAAAUUUAACUUGAUUUCUAUUAGUGCUUUAUUACGACAUAACCAGUACUCUGCUCACUUUUAUCCAUUGUUUUGUUAUAUCCAGGAGUCUAUUCAGGGCUUGAUGAUUGGUAGAGGAUAUCUGUUUCACAAUCUUUACAUAUACGGGAGAGAUCACCAAUUGUCUGCAUCGCAUUUUUCUGGAUCCUUGAAGGUUGAUGGAGCUCUGUGGCACCAACGCCUAGGACAUCCAUCUUCUGACAAGUUAAAGCAUGUUCCGAGUAUAUCAUCGUUGUCUACUUUGUCCUCUGAGUCUCCUUGUUCUAUAUGUCAUUUAGCUAAACAAAAACGUCUUCCUUUUGAAUCUAGUGGUCAUAGGUCUUCUGCUCCAUUUGAUCUCAUUCACUUAGAUAUUUGGGGUCCCUUUGCUGUUGAGUCUAUAGAUGGUUUUAAAUACUUUCUCACCAUUGUUGAUGAUUACAGUCGUGUAACAUGGGUUUACCUAUUGCAUAAUAAAAGUGAAGUUUCUAUCAAAUUGCCUCAGUUUCUUAAACUUGUUGAGACUCAAUAUAAGACUGCCGUUAAGAAAAUGCGAACUGAUAAUGCUCCAGAACUUGUCUUUACUGAUUUGGUUAAUAAACAUGGCAUCAUUCAUCAAUAUUCAUGUGCCUAUACACCACAACAGAAUUCUGUUGUUGAACGUAAACAUCAGCAUUUACUCAAUGUGGCUAGGUCUCUCUUGUUUCAAUCAAAUCUUCCUUUAGCAUAUUGGAGUAACUGUUUACUGACUGCAGUUUUCUUGAUUAAUAGAACUCCAUCUACUGUUUUGAAAAAUAUUACUCCUUAUGAACUACUUACUAAGAAGAAACCGGAUUACUCUUUUCUUAAAAACUUUGGUUGUCUUUGUUUUGUUUCAACUUUACAAAAAGAUAGACAUAAAUUUAGUCCUCGUGCAACUGAGUGUGUUUUUCUAGGGUAUUCUUUUGGUUAUAAAGGGUAUAAAGUCCUGCAUCUUGACACUAAUAUUGUUUCUGUGUCUCGCAAUGUUGUUUUUCAUGAAACUAUCUUUCCUUUUCAAAAUGUCAAGCAUGUUAAUCAUGAUGUAGAUUUGUUUGGUGAUGCUAUCUUGCCAUUAUAUGUUCCGAUUGAUGUUUCUGUUCCUGCAUUAUCUGCACCAUCUCAUGCAUCCACAUCCGCUUCAUCGCAUGCUUCACCACCCGAUAACCACUCUAGUGUCACUGUACCGGUGACAGAGACUGUUACUGCUGAAACUGGUGUUGUCUCAUUACCAAGUGCCAGGCCACGACGGACUACUAAGGCUCCAGGUUACUUAUCUGACUACCAUCAUUCUCUUAACUAA